AUGGGUAAUUGCAAUAAUGCUCAAGAUCUAAAUGUUAGCGAAAUAAAAUGUAAAUAUGCUUUAUACCUUAGUGCCUAAUAAAUGUGAUUAUAAUUUUUUGUAUGUAAUUGGAAGAGGCGGAUUUGGGAGGGUCUGGAGAGCUGAACAUAAAAAAACUAAAAUUCAAUAUGCUAUCAAAGAGAUGUAGAAAUGCAAGUAUUAGCUUAUUCAUUACAUUUAAUAGAAUUAUUAAUAAAAAAAGCAUUGGUUCCGUCAUGAAUGAGAGAUACUUAUUAAGCAAUCUUAGACAUCCGUAAUGAAAUUUGUAUAACUAGAUUUUUAGUAAAUAUGCACACAGCAUUUUAAGAUCGAGAAAGUCUUUAUUUAGUAAUGGAUCUUAUGACUGGAGGAGAUCUUAGAUUUCAUAUUUGUAAAAAUAGGAAGUUUAAUGAAGAAUAGACAAGUAAAGAAACUAUUUAAUAACUCUAGAAUUUUUUGUCAUCUGCAUACUAUUAGCAUUAGAAUAUCUUCAUCAUAAUACCAUUAUACAUAGAGAUAUUAAACCAGAAAAUUUAGUCUUUGAUAAAAAUGGUAAAUUAAUAUAAAUUUACAAUAUAGGAUAUUUAAGAUUGACAGAUCUUGGUAUUGCAAGAAUAUGGAAACCAGGAAAUGAUGGAGAUACAAGUGGAACACCCGGUUAUAUGGCUCCUGAGGUUAUGUGUAGAUAAGCUCAUGGAGUGGCAGCAGAUUAUUUUGCAGUUGGAGUUAUAGCUUAUGAAUGUAUGAUGGGAAAAGUAAAGUAUAAACUUAAAAUAGAGACCAUAUUUGGGUAAAACUAGAAAAGAAAUUAGAGACUAAAUUUUGUCUAAGCAAGUUACAAUUAAACCUAAUUAUAUCCCAUAAAACUGGUCAGAUGAGGCUGCUGAUUUCAUUAAUCAAAUGAUCUAAAGAAAACCAAUAAAUAGAUUAGGAUUUGAUGGACCUGAUGAAGUAUUUGCCCAUCCUUGGUUUAAAAAUGUAGAUUGGGAUGGUUAUUUAACACAAUAAAAAUAAGCUCCUUAUAGAAUUAAUGUAAAUAAAUUAUCAAGUAUAAUUUAGUCAAAUUCUGAUAAUUUUGAUUAGAAAUUCGCCAAUAUUAAAGAUCCUGAAGAUGAUGCUACAGCUAAAUUAAAUGCUGAACUUUUGAGAAGAGAUUCCAUAUAAGAAGCUUUUAAUGGAUACACUUAUAAAUCUUAAAAUUCGUAAUAAACAAUAUAAGACUAAACAAAUUCAAAGCCAACAACUUCAAUGAGUUAACAAAUUACUCCAACCAAAAAGAAAUUACUUGAUUCUAAUCGAUAAAUAGAACUGAAAUCUUAAAAGAAAUAUCAUUUAGUAUAAAGCCCUGUAUUUAAUAAAAAAUUAAACUUUACUACUGAUUAGCCACUCACAUAAAGAGGGCAAACUAAAAAAAAUUUUGAUUUUUGA